CUAAUUAUUUAUAAAUGGUUGAUUAUUUCAUCUCAACAUUUUAACCCAUUUGAAACUGAAUGAAUGAGACUGGCGCUGUAAUAUUUGAUGAGGCUGAGAUAUUUACGAAUCGGAGAGGGACUCUUUUUCUGCGUUAUCCCAUUGGUCAAUGUCACUGCAGUGUGCCUCCUGCAGGCAGGCGGAUCGUUGCACCCCUCCCUCCCCAACACGCCCUGCUGCUACUGGAAUAACCGGGAAGCGCGCUCUUACAACGGGGAUCUCCUCCGCAACGUCAUUCGCUAAAACCAUUUCUCGAACGGUGGGAUCUUGCGACGUAUUGUAGCUAAGCUUUGAUGGCCAGAUAUGUUGUAGAACAGUGCGAGGGUUGGUGCUGUUCGAGGGGAGGAGCUAGUUUUUAAUUCUGGACUUCAAAUACAACAUGCUGGAGAGAGGGCGAGGGGCCGCUCGUUCCCCUUGGUAUAGAGAAGGAUGAAUGCCACUCUGUUCCAGCCAAACUGAGAACGAGGGAGCAACAGAGGAAGAGGAAGAGGAACAAGUGAAGAAGAAGAUAUUGAAAUCCGUACUCUCGACAUCCGGACAAUUAUUUCUCUCUGUUCGUCUCGCUCUCUCUCUCUCUCUUUUCCUCCAUCGUCGACAUCGUUCACUGCAGCGGCCUCUCCUAGACUUUGAGCCGUGAAGGGGCUCUAACACACACACACACACACACACACACACACACACACACACACACACACACACACACACACACACACACACACACACACACACACACACACACACACACACACACACACACACGUUUGGUCUGUGUCCUGUUGAUCUGCUAAUGCUGGUUAAGCCUGGCUGCCUGCCUGCUCGCUCCAUCCCAAUCUCCAGAUCAUGAAGAGGCCCAAGCAACAGACUCAUCCCCUCAGCUUCCUCUCCUUCUUCAGCCGGAAGCCUAAAUCCGAUCCCAGGCUUGAGAGGCCUGCUGGGGCCCACAACAAGGAGGAGGUCUCCAUCACUCUCACACCCAGCGAACAUGCAGACCAGGACCAGCACAUCACAGCCGAAGAGGGCGGGAUCGAGCAAGGUGACUUCGAGGCGGCAUCGUCAGGGGUGACGGGUGACGACCCUGGCGCUGCGGUGGAGGUGGAAUGCUGCGGCGGCGGAGCCAACAGCUCGUCCACAGGUGUCUUAUCCCUCUCGUCUUCCAGCCAGGACCAGCUAUUGGACGAUCACCACUUGGAGGAGUGUCCUUUAUGCCUCCUCAGCCAACCACGAUGCCGGUUCCCUCGCCUCUCUUCCUGUUCCCACCGGGCCUGCUAUGACUGCCUGAGACAGUACCUGAAGAUUGAAAUCUCAGAGAGCAGGGUGGGCAUCGCCUGUCCGCAGUGCCCCGAGGCGUUUGCGCCGCAAGAUGUGCGCACCAUCCUGGAUGACUUGACGCUGCUGGAGAGAUUCGAAGAGUACCAGCUGAGACGGUUUCUGGCAGCCGACCCGGACACGCGCUGGUGUCCUGCACCCGACUGCAGCUUUGCAGUGAUAGCGUAUGGCUGUGCUGAGUGUCCUAAGCUAAGCUGCGGGCGUGAGGGCUGCGACACAGAGUUCUGCUACCACUGUCGGCAGCUGUGGCACCCCGACCAGACGUGUGACCAGGCUCGACGCCAGCGAGCACGCCACACUUCCGGGGGAAAUGAUGCCUCCACACUAUACGUCUUCAACGAGGAGCCUGGAGGAGAGUCGGAGGAGAUCAAGGCGUGUCCUCGUUGUGGGGCCUACAUCAUGAAGACCAACGAUGGCAGCUGCAACCGGAUGAACUGUACCGUGUGCGCCUGUCAGUUCUGCUGGCUGUGUAUGCAAGAGAUCACCGAUGUGCACUACCUCAGUCCCUCAGGUUGUACGUUCUGGGGGAAGAAGCCGUGGUCUCAGACCCGGAAGGUGCUGUGGCAGGUGGGCAUGCUGCUCGGCGCCCCAGUAAUCAUCUCUCUCAUCGCUGGCAUCGCCAUCCCCGUCAUCAUAGUGGGCAUUCCCAUCUACAUGGGCCGCAAGGUCCACGGACGCUGUAAGAAGAACAAUAUCUCAGGUAGUAAACAUUACCUAACGGUGGCCAGCGGCGUCAUGAUGUCCGUGUUCGUGGCGCCUGUCAUAGCUGCUGUCACUGUGGGGGUGGGCGUCCCGUUGAUGUUGACUUAUGUCUAUGGGGUCGUCCCCAUGUCGCUCUGUCGGAAUGGAUGGUGCCAGCCGCAGAACGACCCCCCAGAAACACAUAAGAUACAACUGGAAGACCUAGCCAGCUAUCUUCUAUUCUCUCAUGUAGUCAGCGACCACUGGCCGGGACCGGGGCCAAGAGGCCAGACCAACCCCGCCCUCAGCGACACCAGCGUCCAGGAAGUCCUACAAGAUGUUAGGGUCAGCGUACAGGAAGUUGGCCUGCUCCCCAGCACCAGCAGUGCUGCCACGCCCCCGGAACCAGAUGCAUGCGUAGGAUUGGACAAGCAUCAGAUGCGUCAUGUUUAUAUGCAGCAGGACAGCCAAUCAGACUGCGAAGGAGCUGGGGGUGCUGGGAUGCUGGAUAAGACACAGACAUUCUCCUUGCGGGAGGGAACAAACAUUGAGGUGCGUGUAGAGAUCGAGUCCCAUCCACGAGGCGCACGUCAAUCCAGCCUCAGUAGCAUCCUGUCCAGUCGCAGCCUAUCAGCUGAGUCCCUGGGUCGAGCACACCCAGUAGGCCGCGCCCAAUCGCAAGACCACCUGGGCCACACCCACUCCCAGGAACAUCUGUAUGCCUCUGAACAUGAAGAAGAGAGUGGAGAAAAGGAAAGUGGAGGAAGAGAGGGAGAAUGCAGGGACCACCUGCAUGUUUUUGAGACUGACAAUGUCUGAGCUCCGCCUACUAUUUAGGCCACACCCUGCUUCCACUACAGGCUCCUACCACCAACUGUCUUCCUGCUCCACCGUCUAAGAGUCGAGGACAUGGAGAGAGAAAGGGAGAGCAAGAGCGAGAGCGACAGUGAGGAGGGAGAGAUGGAAAAAGUGUUUGUGAAAAAUUGACUAAAUAAACCGGGCUGCUUGCCAACACGGAUGCAUCAAAACCAACCAGAAAUGACUGAAAGCAUGUUGAUCGACUAGUUUGGUGGGUGUUAGCCUCACGUUACUGUGUUCUUUCAGAAGAGACCCCCCCCCCUUCCAAUCUAACACUGGUCUAUUUAAAUGAUUAUUUAAAUUAAAAUUAUUACCAAGCCCCUUCUCUACCUACACCCGCGUACUUAUGCUGAUCUAGAGCCGUUUGUAUCACGCAUCUCAGAGUUGGAGUGCUGAUCUCGGAUCAGUUUUGCCCUUUUUCCGAUCACAAUAAACAUGAUUAUUAUAGACAGAAAAUACCUGAUCCUAGAUCAGCACUCCUACAGAGAGAUACGUACAACGCCUAAUCCCCCCCCCCCCCUUUCCAUCGAAGAUACAUUUUAAGAGAUCUAAAAGCAUGUUUUGUUCUGUAGGGGUUAGCCACAUGUACCAUGCUGCUUCAACUCUCUUCCUGUCCGUCCCGUGUUGAUGAUGACAUGCCAUGGAACGUUGAGAGGCUACUGUGCAAAAGGGUCUAAUGAAGGAGGGGAGGGGGGGGGGGGUUCAGCAUUGUCAGAUACCGUGUAAACCUUACUUUGUGCAACGCGUUUUAACAGAGGAGAUAUGCUGGUCCAACUUGCUGGUCCAACUUGCUGGUCCAACUUGCUGGUCCAACUUUAAGGGACUUGUUGAAAUGCAGUCGCCCUCAACUAUGACUCGUUUGGGAUCUCAGUGAAUUUCAUAGUAGACCACUUUGACCAAACUGGUUAUCAAGCUGAUGUCCCCUUGUAUCACAACCUUUCAUUGGGGGAGGGGGGGGGGCUGCUGAUGCUGCUGCUAUGUGUUUUGGUCAAGGCAUACAUUAUGUCACUACUGUGAAUCUAAGCAAUAUUCAGGGACCAGGCUCUGUGAAGUUCAGUUACCCUACGGACUCUGGCUGUCUGCCUCCCAAAUGGCACCCUAUUCCCUUCCCACUGGCCACAGACGUCAUUUCAACGUCUGGUUUUGAUUUACAUUUGGUUGAGUUGGUCAACUACCGUGAAUUCAACGUAAAAUCAACAACAACAACAACAACAACAAACAUGUCACUGUUUUCAUUGGGUUUCAGAUUAAAAGGUUGGUGGAAAAAAAAUGGCACUGUUGUCAUUGGGUUUCAGAUUCAAAGUUUGGUGACAAAAAUGUCGGUUUUCCACAUUGAUUCAACGUCAUCACGUUGCAUUUUUGGGUCGAAAUGACGUGGAUUUGUUUUUUUUUGUCCACUGGGAUCAUAAUUCACUACUUCUGACCAUGGCCCAUAGGGAAUAGGGUGCCAUUUGACCAGGGCCCAUAGGGAUCUGGUUCAAAGUAGUGCACUAUAUUAGGGAAUAGGGUGUCAUUUGGGAACUUACUCUCUUAGCAGAUAUCCAUAAUACAGUAUUUCACAGCAGUAGCAGCACAGCCCUCUAGCUAGAGCUUCGAACAGGGCUGGGUCACUCUGAUAGUCUGGCAUGUCUGUCAAACCAGCAUCUGAUUUAAACCUGGGAAACCAGGUCUGUGUGAUUAAGUGUCAGACAGGAGAUAGAACAGCAGGCAACCAAGUUCCUGAGGAAUAAUAAAUCUUGCCCUUCCCUGGCUAAGAACAUCUGCCUUGAAUCUGCAUGGUCCUGCUCCUCACUCACUGGCUGUCCAGGAGUUAACCACAACACACACACAGUCGCUAUUGAACUGCAGUGGUGGUGAUGUCGGAAAAACAGGAGACACAGGAACCACCACCAGACCCCCUCAGUCGAUCACAGAACCCAGACCCUCUUAGUCGAUCACAGAACCCAGACCCCCUCAGUCGAUCACAGCACCCAGAACCCCUCAGUCGAUCACAGCACCCAGACCCUCUUAGUCGAUCACAGCACCCAGACCCCCUCAGUCGAUCACAGCACCCAGACCAACUCAGUCGAUCACAGAACCCAGACCCCCUCAGUCGAUCACAGCACCCAGACCCCCUCAGUCGAUCACAGCACCCAGACCCCCUCAGUCAAUCACAGCACCCAGACCCCCUCAGUCAAUCACAGCACCCAGACCCCCCUCAGUCGAUCACAGCACCCAGACCCUCUCAGUCGAUGACAGCACCCAGACCCCCUCAGUCGAUCCCAGAGCAGCGGUGUUCUACAAGCAGCAUGCUAACUCAGGCUAUAUCCAUUCUAGAUGAUUAUGAUGAUGAGAAAAUAUGAACUGAGAAAUGAACAGAAAGAUUCCUGAGUGUGAAAUGGGACUGGACAUGAUAUGCAUUCAGAACCAUGGGGAUUGAUACAGACGUGAUAUGCAUUCAGAACCAUGGGGAUUGAUACAGACGUGGUAUGCAUUCAGAACCAUGGGGAUUGAUACAGACGUGGUAUGCAUUCAGAACCAUGGGGAUUGAUACAGACGUGGUAUGUAUUCAGAACCAUGGGGAUUGAUACAGACGUGGUAUGCAUUCAGAACCAUGGGGAUUGAUACAGACGUGGUAUGCAUUCAGAACCAUGGGAAUUGAUACAGACGUGGUAUGCAUUCAGAACCAUGGGGAUUGAUACAGACGUGGUAUGCAUUCAGAACCAUGGGGAUUGAUACAGACGUGGUAUGCAUUCAGAACCAUGGGGAUUGAUACAGACGUGGUAUGCAUUCAGAACCAUGGGGAUUGAUACAGGCGUGGUAUGCAUUCAGAACCAUGGGGAUUGAUACAGACGUGGUAUGCAUUCAGAACCAUGGGGAUUGAUACAGACGUGGUAUGCAUUCAGAACCAUGGGGAUUGAUACAGACGUGGUAUGCAUUCAGAACCAUGGGGAUUGAUACAGACGUGGUAUGCAUUCAGAACCAUGGGGAUUGAUACAGACGUGGUAUGUAUUCAGAACCAUGGGGAUUGAUACAGACGUGGUAUGCAUUCAGAACCAUGGGGAUUGAUACAGACGUGGUAUGCAUUGUAAAUCUGAUGAGGAAUAAAACUUGAAUAAAUGUUUCACCAUGAAGGACACAA